AAGUCGUAUCGUGACAGGCAAAGCUCGCAGCGCUGACUGUCAACAUGGCGGCACGCACUGCUACAGGGCUGUGCCGAGCUCCCCGCUACUACUAGGGACAAAUAAACACAGAGACACCCCAAAAUGGAGACCGAAGAGGAGCAGCACAUCACUACGCUCCUCUGUAUGGGCUUCCCAGAUCCGGACGUGAUCAGGAAAGCGCUGCGUUUAGCCAAGAACGACAUCAACGAGGCAGUGGCGCUCCUGACCAACGAAAGCCCCGGACUCGGCUAUGGAUACGAGCCGAUGGAGAGCGGGCCUGCCCCCAAUCCCAGCUCAUCUGGAGACGGGGAAAACAGCGGGAGAAGCGGCACAGGAGGGUUUGACCCGCCGCCAGCUUACCACGAUGUUGUGGAUAGCGAGAGAAACAAUGAUGAGAAUGGGAACUGCUCCGGUGGCAGUAUGGAAUUUCCCACUACUAACCUGUAUGAGCUGGAGAGCCGGGUGUUCACCGACCACUGGUCCAUCCCCUACAAGAGAGAGGAGUCUUUGGGCAAGUGCCUCAUCGCCUCCACCUGCUUGGCUCGACACGGUCUGGCUGAUGCUGAUGAGAACUGCAAGCGAUUUAUGGAUCGUUGUAUGCCAGAGGCCUUCAAAAAGUUGCUGACCAGCAGUGCAGUUCACAAGUGGGGCACCGAGAUUCAUGAGGGCAUCUACAACAUGCUGAUGCUGCUGGUCGAGCUGGUGGCAGAGAGGGUUAAACAAGACCCAGUGCCUGUGAAUCUAAUGGCAGUUUUAACUAUGGCCUUCAACCCUGACAAUGAAUACCAUUUUAAGAAUCGAAUGAAGUCAUGUCAGAGGAACUGGGCUGAGGUUUUUGGAGAGGAAGCCAACAUGUUUGCUGUGUCUCCCAGCAACACCUACCAGAAAGAGCCCCAUGGUUGGCUAGUGGACCUGGUGAAUCGGUUUGGAGAGUUGGGUGGAGUCUCUGCCAUCCAGGCCAAACUCAAUGCAGAGGAAAUUGAGAUCGCUUGUGUAUCAGCUCUGGUCCAGCCUCUUGGUGUCUGCGCUGAGUACCUAAACUCCAGUCUUGUCCAGCCCAUGCUUGAUCCAGUGAUACAUAAGAUGAUCACGUAUGUGCAGAACCUGGAGGAAAAGGAUCUCAAAGACAAGCGUCUUGUGAGCAUCCCAGACCUGCUCUCUGCCAUUAAGCUCUUGUGUAUGAGGUUCCAAAGAGACUUGGUCACUGUGGUGGAUGACCUGAGACUGGACACUCUGCUGCGAAUGCUGAAAACGCCACACUUCUCCACCAAAAUGAACUCCCUAAAAGAGGUCACUAAACUCAUAGAGGAGAGUACUGUGUCUAAAACAGUCAAAAAUGCCAUAGACACAGAUAAACUUUUAGACUGGCUUGUUGAAAACUCAGUCCUAUCAAUAGCACUGGAAGGUAACAUUGACCAAGCCCAAUACUGCGAGAGAAUAAAGGGAAUUAUAGAACUUCUUGGGAGUAAAUUAUCAUUGGAUGAACUGACCAAAAUCUGGAGGAUACAGGCCGGCCAGUCGUCAACAGUGAUUGAAAACAUUCACACAAUCAUUGCUGCUGCUGCUGUGAAGUUCAGCUUUGAUCAGCUCACCCACCUCUUUGUCCUUAUUCAGAAGAGUUGGGAAAUUGAGAGCGACCGAGUGAGACAGAAGCUGCUCAGUCUGAUCGGGAGAAUUGGAAGAGAGGCCCGAUCUGAAACUACAACUGGAAAGGUGCUGGAGGUGCUGUGGGAGCUGGCUCACCUCCCCACCUUACCCACCAGUCUGGUUCAGCAGGCCUUAGAGGAGCACUUGGGGAUCCUAAGUGACGCCUACGCUGUCAAGGAAACCGUGAAGCGUAGUUACAUCAUUAAAUGUAUUGAGGAUAUUAAAAAGACACAAACUCAGGAGGACGGUAAAAGUGAGACCCAGACCUCAUUUCUAACUGGCACUUGGGGCAAGAAGAAGCCCAGCAUUUUGGUCAAAGCCUCCUCCCAACAGAGCAGUCCACAGGCUGUUUGGGUUGUCCCUGCUCUCAGACAGCUGCAUGAAAUCACUCGUUCUUUCAUCAAGCAGACCUAUCAGAAGCAAGACAAGAGCAUUAUUCAGGACUUGAAGAAGAACUUCGAGAUAGUGAAGUUGAUCACAGGGUCUCUGGUGUGCUGCCACCGUCUUGCCGCCUCUGCUUCUGGAAACAUUGGGCUCUCAGGAUCGACCAUGGUGGAUGGACGAUACACUUACCAAGAGUAUCUGGACAGCCACCUGCGCUUCCUGGCCUUCUUCCUCCAGGAGGCCAGUCUGUACCUUGUCUGGAACAGGGCCAAGGAGCUCUGGGAGUGUCUAGUGUCUGGACCAGACGUCUGCGAGCUCGACAGAGAGAUGUGUUUUGAAUGGUUCACCAAAGGACAGCACGACCUGGAGAGUGAUGUUCAGCAGCAGCUUUUCAAAGAGAAAAUCCUGAAACUCGAGCCGUACGAGAUUACCAUGAAUGGUUAUAAUCUAUUUAAGACAUUCUUUGAAAAUGUAAAUCUGUGCGACCAUCGACUUAAACGCCAGGGCACUCAGCUGUGUGUGGAGCGCCUCGAUCUGGCAGGCAUGGACUUUAUCUGGCGUAUUGCAAUGGAGACUCCAGAUGAGGAAAUCGCCAAUGAAGCAAUUCAACUCAUUAUUACAUACAGCUACACCAACCUCAAUCCCAAAAUGAAGAAGGAUUCUGUUUCUUUGCACAAGAAGUUUAUUGCGGAUUGUUACAAGAGACUUGAGGCUGCUAGUUCGGCCCUCGGGGGUCCCACUCUCACUCAUGCUGUUACUCGGGCAACAAAGAUGCUGACGGCCACUGCCAUGCCGACUGUGGCUACAUCUGUACAAUCCCCUUCCAGAUCUACUAAGCUGGUGAUAAUCGAAAGACUGCUGCUACUGGCUGAACGCUAUGUCAUUACAAUAGAGGAUAUGUACUCAGUUCCUCGCACAAUUCUACCUCACGGGGCGUCAUUCAAUGGCCACCCCGUCACUCUCCACAUCACUUAUGAGUCAACCAAAGACACGUUCUCCUUGGAGACCCACAGUAAUGAGACUAUUGGAAAUAUCCGGUGGAAGAUAUCUGAGCACUUGAGCUGUCCAGUGGAUAAUGUCCAGAUCUUCGCCAAUGACAGUGUGCUGACCAUGAACCGUGACCAGAAGCUCCUGUCCCAGCUAGGCUUCAGUGAUGAGCAGAGUCUGACGGUGAAGAGCUCGGGCACAGGGACACCCUCCGGCAGCUCAGAGUCAUCUGCCUCCGCCUCCAGCAGCUCCAGCUCUGCAGUCUUCAAUUCUGCCUACGCUUUAGAACAGGAGAAAUCCCUGCCAGGCAUUGUGAUGGCAUUGGUCUGUAAUGUGUUUGAGAUGCUUUACCAACUGGCAAACUUGGAUGAACCAAGAAUUACGCUUCGUGUCAGGAAACUUUUGCUGCUCAUCCCGACUGAUCCUGAAGUUCAGGAUGCACUUGACAAUUUUGUUCCCAAAGAAUCUAGUGUCUGGAGUCACCAGAAAACCCUGUUCACCCUUGGUCAGGGCUCAGGUUCUCGUUCUCCAUCUAUGACCUCUAAACAGCAGCACCAACCCAGCGCAGCAUCCAUUUUGGAGUCUCUUUUCAGAUCUUCGGCUCCUGGAAUGUCCACCUUUAGAGUGCUCUACAACCUGGAGGUUUUGAGUUCAAAACUCAUGCCCACAUCUGAUGAUGAGAUGGCCAAAACCAGCAGCAAAUCAUUCUGUGAAAACUUUCUGAAAGCAGGUGGUCUUAGCCUUGUAGUAAAUGUUAUGCAGAGAGACUCCAUCCCAUCAGAGGUAGACUAUGAGACGAGACAAGGGGUCUACUCCAUCUGCCUUCAGUUGGCCAGGUUCCUCCUUGUGGGCCAAAGUAUGCCCGCUCUACUGGAUGAUGAUGUGAUUCGGGAUGGGGAUGCUUUGUCUUCACGUCCUUUCAGAAACGCCAGUCGCAGCGGGAGACAGCUGUCACUGUGUGCCACUCCAGAGAAGUCCUCCUAUAGACAGAUGUCCCUGUCUGAGCGCUCCUCCAUCAGAGUGGAAGAGAUCAUCCCCGCUGCUCGUGUUGCCAUACAGACCAUGGAGGUAGCCGACUUCACCUCAACUGUUGCCUGCUUCAUGCGUUUGACCUGGGCCGCAGCAGCUGGGCGGUUGGAUCUGGUUGGAAGCCCACAGCCAAUCAGAGAGACACACAGUCUCCUGCCACAGGGGGUCCGCACCAGAGUCAGCAGCACUGGGAGUAACUGUAGUUCCAGCAGUGACGGAGAGGCUGCACCUACAGCGCUGCAUGCUGGGAUAUGUGUCAGGCAGCAGUGUGUUUCCAAUAAAGAUGGCAUCAUCGCUCGUGAGGCCUUAUCUCUCCUGGUGACCUGUCUGCAGUUGAGAUGCCAGCAGCUCUGUUCCUUUUACAACCUUCCCGCUGUCAGUGAUUUUAUUAUUGAUAUUCUGUUGGGCUCUCCCAGUGGAGAGAUCCGACGUGUGGCGUGUGACCAGCUGUACACUCUGAGUCAGUCCGACACCUCUGCUUUUCCCGACGUUCAGAAACCAAAUCUGUUCCUGCUCUCUGUCAUCCUCACGGCUCAGCUGCCGCUCUGGAGCCCCACGUCCGUCAUGAGAGGAGUCAAUCAAAGAUUGCUGUCUCAGUGUACAGAGUACUUUGACCUGAGGUGCCAGCUUUUGGAUGACCUGACAACUUCAGAGAUGGAUGUCAUUAAACUGAGUGCAGCGACCAUGCUGGAGGACGAGAUCUCAUGGUUGGACAACUUUGAGCCGAGUUGGAGCUCAGAGAUGGAGACGAGUGAAGCAGACAACGUCCUUUUGGCCGGACACCUGCGCCUCAUUAAGACCCUUCUGUCGCUCUGUGGCACCGAGAAGGAACAUCUGGGUCCAUCUUUGAUCCAGCAGUUAUUGGAUGACUUCCUGUUCCGAGCUUCACGCAUCAUCAUCAACAGUUCAAACUCGAUGCAGUCUCCAGCUCCAAGCCACGACUUUCACCCCAAGUGUAGCACGGCCAGCAGCAGACUUGCAGCUUACGAAGUGCUAGUGAUGCUCGCAGACAGCUCGCUCUCAAACCUCAAACUCAUCACCAAAGAGUUACUGUCAAUGCAUCACCAGUCAGACCCUUCCCUCAGCAAAGAAUUUGAUUAUCUCCCUCCAGUCGAGAGCCGCUCUGUCUCAGGAUUUGUGGGGCUUAAAAAUGGUGGAGCGACUUGUUAUAUGAACGCUGUGUUUCAACAGCUCUACAUGCAGCCUGGCCUUCCAGAGGCUUUCCUUUCCAUUGAGGAUGAUACAGACCAGCCAGAGGAGAGUGUCUUCUACCAGGUUCAAUCUCUGUUUGGGCACUUGAUGGAAAGCAAACUUCAGUACUACGUCCCUGAGAACUUUUGGAAGAUAUUCAAAAUGUGGAACAAAGAAUUGUAUGUGCGGGAACAGCAAGAUGCAUAUGAGUUUUUCACCAGCCUCGUAGACCAGCUUGAUGAGCAUCUCAAGAAAAUGGGCCGAGAACAGAUCUUUAAAAACACAUUUCAGGGAAUCUUCUCCGAUCAAAAGAUAUGUAAAGAUUGCCCGCAUCGGUACGAACGUGAAGAAACAUUCAUGGCCCUUAAUCUUGGAGUAACAUCUUGUCAAAGUUUAGAAAUCUCCUUAGACCAGUUUGUCCGAGGAGAGGUGCUAGAGGGCAGCAAUGCUUACUAUUGUGAGAAAUGCAAAGAGAAGAGAACCACAGUGAAGAGAACCUGUAUUAAAUCCUUACCUAGUGUUCUCUGCAUUCACCUUAUGCGCUUUGGCUUUGAUUGGGAGAGUGGUCGCUCCAUCAAAUACGAUGAACAGAUAAGGUUCCCGUGGGUCUUAAAUAUGGAGCCGUAUACUGUCUCUGGGAUGGCCCGACAGGACUGCAGCGGAGAAGGAGGAGAAGGCAAAGGUGACGCGGCAUCCGGGAGCUCGCCGCGGAAAAAAGUCACAAUCUCUGAGAACUACGAACUCGUGGGGGUUGUGGUGCACAGCGGUCAAGCACACGCCGGUCACUACUACUCAUUUAUCAAAGACAGGCGUGGCAGUGCUCGUGGACGUUGGUACAAGUUUAAUGACAAUGUGGUGGAGGAGUUUGACAUGAAUGAUGAAUCUCUGGAGUACGAGUGCUUUGGAGGAGAGUACAGACCUAAAGUGUAUGAUCAGUCCAACCCCUACCCGGAUGUGCGGCGGAGGUACUGGAAUGCCUACAUGUUGUUUUAUCAGAAAAUCAGUGACCAGAACUCACCGGUGUUACCAAAGAAGAGCAGAGUCAGCAUCAUGAGGCAAGAAGCAGAGGACCUGUCACUGUCUGCCCCGUCUUCUCCUGAUGUCUCACCCCAGUCCUCCCCUCGUCCCCCCAGAGCCAACAACGACCGCCUCACCCUCCUCACCCGUCUUGUCCGAAAGGGAGAGAAGAAAGGCCUAUUUGUAGAGAAGAUGCCAGCCAGUAUCUAUCAGAUGGUGAGAGAUGAGAAUUUAAGGUUCAUGAGAAACAGAGAUGUCUACAACAGCGACUACUUCAACUUCACCCUCUCACUGGCAUCCGUCAAUGCUACAAAGCUGAAGCAUCCUGACUACCAGGCAAUGGCCAAAGAGAGUCUCCAGUUGUCUGUUAACUUCCUCUUCCACACCUACCUACACACAAAAAAGAAACUGCGGGUGGACACAGAGGAGUGGAUGGCGACAGUGGAGGUGCUGCUGUCCAAGAGCAGCGAGGCAUGCCAGUGGAUGGUCCAAUACCUCGUCAGCACCGAGGGCAGAGAAAUCAUCAGGGUGUGUUUGUUGGAGUGCAGUGUGAGAGAGGUGCGAGUGGUGGUUGCAUCCAUCCUGGAGAAGACUUUGGAAAGUGCCAUAUUCUUUGCUGAUCCAGGACUGGACAAUCUGACUGACGCCCUCUUGUCAUUGCUGGACAAAGAUGUUCCAGAGAAUGUGAAAAACUGUGCUCAGUACUUCAAUCUCUUCAGUAACUUUGCCCAGAGGGGUUGUGGUCCUUGUCAGUUACUGUUGAAACACGCUGCAUAUCGGCGAAUGCUCAUCUUCUUAUUGGGACCCAACAGACAGAACAACCAGAACCGGCGUUGGAGUCCAGCUCAGGCACGAGAGUUUCUUCACCUUCACAGCACCCUGGCUCUUAUCACUCUACAUUCAGACCUCAGCACACAGAGAACUCAAGCUCCAGGAAUGUUUAAGCCACUCACCGGGACUGUGUCAUCCUCCACAUCUCUGCUGCCUCUUCACCCGGACAUCCUGGCCUCUCUGUUCACCCCAGAGGGGCAGCCAUAUCUACUAGAGGUCAUGUUUGCAAUGAGGGAGUUGAGCGGUCCUCUGUCUCUGCUCAUAGAGAUGGUGACCUACUGUUCGUACUGUAAUGAGCCCUUCUCACUGGGAGUGCUGCAAUUACUCAAAACCCAGCUUGAGUCGGCUCCUCCUCAUGAGCUAAAGAACGUGUUUCAGAUGCUGCAAGAGUUAUUGGUAGUGGAAGAUCCUCUACAAGCUCAACGACUAAAAUAUGCAUUUGAAUCAGACAAAGGUCUUUUAGCUUUGAUGCACCAGAGCAACAAUGUGGACAGUCGCCGCUGUUAUCAGUGUGUCAAGUUCCUGGUCACGUUAGCCCAGAAGUGUCCUCAGGCCAAGGAUUACUUCAAGGAGUUGUCUGGUCACUGGAGCUGGGCUGUGCAGUGGCUACAGAAAAAGAUGACAGAACAUUACUGGACUCCACAAAGCAACGUCUCCAAUGAAACUUCCACCAACAAAACUUUCCAGCGCACAAUCUCUGCGCAGGACACACUAGCAUAUGCUACAGCUCUUUUAAAUGAGAAGGAGCAGUCUGGCAGCAGUAACGGUUCUGACGGGAGUCCAGCCAAUGAGAACGCGGACCGCAGCCUCAGACAGGGAUCAGAGUCUCCCAUGAUGCUCGGUGACUCCAAAAGUGAUCUUGAAGAUGUAGAUCCGUAGUUCUGGUCGGACCCAUGAGGAUCCACAACUCUUCAGAGCCAGCCACUCCUAAAGAAGAAAAGAAAAUAUCAAAAACUAAGUACAAACAUGGCUGAACCUCUUAUUGGUCCGGACACUUUGGACCCUUCACUUCGCAAAACCAACCAGAACUCUGUGUUUUGGUCGCUAUGGUAACAAAGGAGCUAAGAAUAAAUCCCAAAAUGACUUGCUUUCAGACGAGAAGCUGGCUGAUGGAGUUGCAUUAUCAUAAGGGGUAGCAAGAGUUUGCUUACGAAGAAGUACAAGGCUCCGGAUGACUUCAGUUGAUCCUUUUUAUUCACUCAUUCUCCGAAUGAAAGCAGCAAAGGGAGGAGGCGGAGGAUGGAUGGGUCUGGGUUGUGUUUUAACAAUUGUCUGCUCAUAUUUGCCAAUUAUACAUAUCUACAUAGACAUAUUCAAAUUGUAAAGACUUGUUCCAUAGUUGUAAUUUCCAAUGUAAGAUAUAUUUUAAAAGACUUGUGUGCUCUUCCUCACACAGCCAUACAACUCUCUUCACGUUAGCCGCUCGAGAGGAACCUGACAUUGACUUCUUAGGUGCACUUGUACAGGAUAUACCUCCAAAACACGUGAGCACUUGGGACUGGGGUAGGCUUAUGUAUACGCACUUUACGCUCCGACCCAGAAUAUGGUGCAGCACUGGUCAGUUCCUCAAGAGCUUCCUAUUAUGUUAUAUGGUCUUCUUUUUUUGCUUUUAUGAUCAAUUCAUUUCAGUGCCACAAUCCACACUCAUUGAAGCCCUGAUAGCCAGCCAGUUUGCCUGUGUGGCUUGACUCUUGACUUCGGCUAGUUUUGGGGCACUGGCCUCUCCCUAUACCAUAGCAGUGCCCCGGUGGUCAGCAAUUUGGGUACUUUUUGCUGACUGGCCUUCUUUUCGAGUUGGUUUUUAGUGCUGUGUUUUAUUAUUUUCGUUGCCAAUCUCUUUUCUCUCUUGAAGGAGUUUAGAGACAUGAGCCUUAUGCAAGAAUAGCUGAUUGCAAAGUGCAACAGAUCAGCUGCCUGUUUUAUUUUUUUAGGUGCCAAGGUUAUAUACACUCAACACUUGUUAAAAUCUUGCACAUUUAAAGACAUACAUGCAAUCACUUCAUCCACAUCGCUUUACAAUUACCUCUGCUUUCUCUGAAUUUGAGUUGUUUUUUUUGUUUUUUUUUAAACCUUUUCAUUUUGCCACAUAUACACACACACACACACACGUAGAGGAGCCACAUGUAGCCAGAUUUCCUGAACAACUUUUCGAGCCAGUCGGGAGUCUUCAAGUGCCUUAACCUCCCGAAAUAUACCGCCUCUUUUUGCUCCAAACCACCACUGUCUCUGUAUUAUCAUCAAUUAGUCGAAACAGGGAUCUUAGUAACAUGUGUUGUGACAAAGGAUUGUAGGAUUCUUGAACUCACUGUGUGUAUGGGACAGGGGUGUAGGCGGUACCCUAUCAAAAAACAGGGUUAGAUGUUAGGACAGGGUUUGGUAAUGGUAAUACAAUGCUGCUUCUUUCUCUAUCGCUGUAAAAUUGAAGGGGAACCAUGCAACUUUGCUUAGCUCAUCUGUUAAUUUAUCUCAUUUUAAGGUUAAGGAUAUCAGCCAAAAUACUACUUCAUACUACUACUUCUACGGCGUCUUUAAGUUUAUCAGCUGUGAUGAUUUUCAGACUUAGCAUUUGUGACCAUUGUUGACAAGGACUAAAUUAAGUCUUGACUAAAGCUAAACCAGAACUAAACUAACUAUUCAAAAGCAAAUAAUUUAAAUCUUACAACUUCCAGAAGAGGCCAUCACAUUUUUACCAUAUAUAUCAAAGUUCCAUGGUUCCCCUUUAAAACCCUCACCCUUAUUUUAUGAAAUAUAUGAAUUGAUUUUGCUCAGCUUUAACAGGUCAGUGUUUACAAUAUGAGGACCUAUAAAGCAGUCAUGCAUUAUGGUUUGGGUUUUCUCUGCUUCUUACUGUGAUAUCUCCGAGCCUAAGGAGAUGUCAGACACUUUUGCACCCUCUCGCUCACUCCACGCCCAUGUCCUCCAUAGAAGUGAAUGUCAUUGUGCUUUCUGGCAUGUUUGCAUGUGUGGCAUUAAGAAGUGGCGAAGAAACAACCGUCUUAUUCUGUGAAAAAUCUGUUAUUUUUCUGUUUUUCUUGCUGUGAUUUUUGUCAUGAGCACUUACUGUCAUAGAAACAUGCCCUCUCUCUGAUUUAAUGCAAACAGAUGGAGCUGCAUGUAGUCUGUGCCAACCAUACAUACAUUGUCACAUUUACCCCAAAUCUCUCCUCUUCCUCUAGGUUUGCCCUCUGCCCUCGACAACCACAACCACUUUACAAAGUUGACAAACUUGAUCAAAAAACAAUCGGAUCCUGUUUUAAUCCGGGGAUGAAGGGAGGGAUAUGGGAAGUGUGUGGGUUGGGAUCGGCAUCUAUACGGGUUUUUACUGUCAUUUGAAGAUUCACUUCUGCCAUCGCAGGAUUCUGUAUUGCAUGUUAAGACUCAAGGUUUAAUUUGUACAUCAAAGUUUGAUUAAGGGGGAAUUUGAUAUAAAAUAAACUGGAAUGCACAA